UUUUCCUCCUUCUGAAAAUUCUGAAACUCAUAGCCCUCUUUCUCAUCCCUUCAGCACCACACUCUCUCCCACGCUGGUUUUGAACUCAAAAUCUCUGCGAACUUGCUCUUGCAAUCGCCAUUGAUAAUUUCUGACUGCACUGAUCAUUUUACUUGGACAAGUGCUAUUGUAGCUGGAUUUGAUGGCGAAUUCUGCUGUGAUCCUUUUAUACAGAGCUAUCUUUGUAUUUUAGAGUAUACUUAUAUAUAUUGGUUAUACGUGGGAAAAAGUAGAAGAACUGACUUCUUCAUCUGAAUUGUUGGAUACACUUCGUACAUAGUGAAGAAUGGAGACUUUAGCCCAGCUGGAAGCAAUGUGCGAGAGGCUUUAUAACUCGCAGGAUUCUGUUGAAAGAGCACAAGCGGAAAGCACACUGAAAUGCUUUUCCUUGAACAGUGACUACAUUUCACAGUGCCAAUAUGUUCUGGAUAAUGCAUCCUCUCCGUAUGCAUUGAUGUUGGCAAGUUCGAGCUUGUUGAAGCAAGUGACUGAGCAAAGCCUUCCUUUACAGCUCCGGAUUGAUAUUCGAAACUACCUCAUAAAUUAUCUGGCAAGCAAAGGACCAGAACUGGAGCCCUUUGUUCUUGGAUCCUUGAUCCAACUCUUUUGUCGCAUUACAAAGUUUGGUUGGCUUGAUGAUGACAAAUUCAGGGAAGUUGUUAAGGAGGCAAUGAACUUCUUGAGUCAGCAGGCACAACAUCACUAUGCUAUAGGUUUGAGGAUAUUGUAUCAGUUAGUUUCUGAGAUAAAUCAGCACAAUCCUGGAUUACCUGCUGCUCGGCAACGGAGGAUAGCUAGCUCUUUCAGGGAUCACUCACUUUUUCAGAUAUUCUCGAUAUCAUUAACUUCUCUCUUCCAGUUAAAAUCUGAUGUUGGGAACAAGUUGCAGGAACUUUCUCUUAUGCUUUCUCUCAGUUGUUUAUCAUUUGAUUUUAUGGGGACAUCAUAUGAUGAAAGUUCAGACGAAAUUGGUACUGUUCAGGUUCCAUCUGCAUGGAAGGCUGCCCUAGAGGAUUCCUCAACACUGCAAAUAUUUUUUGAUUAUUAUGCAUUGAAUCAAGUUUUUUCGAAAGAGGCUUUGGAAUGCCUGUUGCGUCUUGCUUCUAUUAGACGAUCAUUAUUUCCCAAUGAUACCGCCCGAAUGAAGUUCCUGUCACACUUGAUGCGAGGCACCAAAGAAAUUCUGCAAACUGGAAUAGGUCUUUCUGAUCAUGAUAACUAUCAUGGCUUUUGUCGACUUCUUGGACGCUUUAAACUCAAUUAUCAGUUAUCUGAACUUGUGAAUGCUGAAGGCUAUAGUGAAUGGAUACACUUAGUAGCAGAGUUUACGCUAAAAUCUUUGCAUUCUUGGAAGUGGGCUGGAAGCAGUGUUUACUAUCUUCUAAAUUUAUGGUCUAGAUCUGUGGCAUCUGUGCGUUAUCUCAAGGGUGACAAACCUAAUCUGUUAGAUGAAUAUGUGCCUAAAGUUAUAGAAGGGUUUGUAUCAUCAAGGUUUGAUUCAUUGCAGUCUGAACUUUCAAAUGAACUUGGUGAAAAUCCUCUAGACAACGUAGAAGUGCUUCAAGAUCAGCUUGAAUUUUUUCCUUUCCUCUGUAGAUUUCAGUAUGAAAGUUGCAGUUCUUAUCUGAUGAAGAUAGUGGAGCCUAUCAUGAAAAACUAUAUGAAGGAAGCAAAUCUCCAAAGCCAAGUUGAUAGUUUUGAAUUGUCUGUAACCGAAUCAAAACUUGCAUGGUUCACACACAUAGUUGCUGCAAUUCUCAGAACAAAGCAGAUUUCUGGUUCUAGCAGUGGAGAAUCACAUGAGAUACUUGAAGCGGAGAUUUCGGCUUGUGUUCUGCAGUUGAUUAAUAUUUCUGAUAGUGGGUUUCACUGCAAGAGGUAUGAAAAUGUGAGCAAGCAAAGACUUGAUCGUGCUAUACUAACUUUCUUUCAACAUUUUAGAAAGUGUUAUAUUGGUGACCAGAUUGUUUCUUCAUCCAAGUUAUAUACCCGGCUAUCUGAACUUCUUGGACUCCAUGAUCAUCUACUACUACUAAAUGUUAUUGUGGGAAAGAUGAUUACUAACCUUAAAUGCUACACAAAGUGCAAAGAGGUUAUUGAUCAUACCUUGAAUCUCUUUCUGGAAAUGACAUCUGGUUACAUGUCGGGAAAGCUGCUACUUAAACUGGAUAGUGUUAAACAAAUGAUUUCAAACAAGAAUAGGGACCUAUUCCCUUUCAUUGAAAAUUGGGAAUGUUUCCGUAGCAGAACAACUCUGUAUUAUACUAUUGGCAUGUUGAUAUUCUUGGAAGAUAACCCAGUCAAAUUUAAAUCUACAAUGGAACCUUUCUCACAGGUUUUGGCUAGAUUGGAAUCAACUCCUGAUGCUUUGUUCCAAUCAGAUGCUGUAAAAUUUGCAUUCAUUGGGUUGAUGCGGGACCUUCGAGGAAUAGCAAUGGCUACUAAUAGCCGCAGAACUUAUGGGUUCCUUUUUGAUUGGCUUUAUCCUGCCCACAUGCCUCUUCUUUUGAAAGGCAUUACACAUUAUGCUGAUAUUCCAGAGGUAACAACUCCAUUAUUGAAACUCGUGGCUGAACUAGUUCUGAACAAGUCCCAGCGAUUGAAUUUUGAGUAUUCUUCUCCUAACGGAAUACUACUUUUUCGAGAAGUUAGUAAAUUGAUUGUUGCUUAUGGAUCAAGAAUUUUGCCUCUUCCUAACAAAGCGGACAUGUACACUUCCAAAUACAAGGGGAUGUCACUUUGUUUGAUAAUUCUUACACGAGCAAUAUCUGGGAGCUUUGUGAACUUCGGUAUUUUUGAACUUUAUGGUGAUAGAGCGCUUGUUGAUGCUCUUGAUAUCAUUGUUAAGAUGAUAUUAUCAAUUCCUUUAGCUGAUAUAUUUGCAUAUCGGAAGGUCGCAGCUGCAUACUUUGCAUUCUUGGAUUCUCUCUUCAGUUGUCAUUUGUCAUUUGUUUUAAGUUUGGAUAAAACUACGUUUAUGCUUGUUGUUGGAUCUCUUGAGUCAGGGCUUAAAGAUUUGAGUGACAAAAUAUCUUCACAGUGCGCCUAUGCUAUUGACAACUUGGCUACAUUUUAUUUCACCCAUGUCAUUGUUGGAGAGUUGACUACCUCACCUUCUGCUCUUAAUGUAUCUGGACUCAUUUCUGACUGUGCUGAACUUUUUUCUAGAAUAUUGAGAACUCUAUUUGAAGUUGUUAUAUUUGAGGACCGUGGCAAUCAGUGGACUCUUAGCCGUGCAAUCCUGAGCAUCAUGCUAAUCAGCGAAGAGAUGUUCACAAAUGUGAAGGCUCAAAUCUUGGCUUCCUAUCCACCAGACCAACACCAGCGGCUUUUUUCGUGUUUUGACAAGCUUAUGACAGAUGUGACGCUCAGCUUGGAUGGAAAAAACAGGGAUAAAUUCUCUCAGAACCUGACCAAGUUCAAGACUGAAUUUUGUGCUAAAUAGCAUUUCUUUGGCAGAGGGUCAGCCCAGAAACCAUAUCGUAUCUUCUUUUAUUCUCUUUUAUUUUUUUUAGGGUCCUUAUACAUCGCUACCAUGAUUCGUUUUUGUUCUUUCUGGAGGGGAAUGAGAUUAUUUUUUUUUUUGGGGGUUGGGGGAUUUGUUUGAUGAAAGGUUUCGUCACAUAUUGGCAUACCCUAGUUGAACUGGUAUUUGGAAAGGGAUAGAAUAUAGCAAUUCCUAGUUGCACUUGAAUAUUGAGAUAAACUGGGGACAAGAUGCCCUGGAUGAAAC